UCCACAUUUGUCCCAUUUCCUCCUCCAUUCUCCCAAUUCUAACCAAAAUCCUCUCUCCCUCCUUCUUUUUCCCUCGCAGUCGCUUGACUCGUUGAGCCCUGCCGACCUCACCAAAUCGAGCCCUAGCAGUACUCAGGAGACGAAGCAUCGGUGACGAAGAAGGAAAUAAUGGUGUCGGACUCGGAGCUUAUUGACCGGCUUCGGGAGUUUCUUCGGAGUUCGGACCUGAACACCACGACGAAUGCUACGGUUCGCAGAAAGCUAGAAGAGGAUUUUGGUAUCAAUUUAUCCGAUAAGAAGGCGUUUAUUAGGGAGCAGGUGGACUUAUUCCUCCAAAACGAGCUCGAGAAUGCCGAAGAAGAAAACGAAGUAAGUGGCGAUGAUGACGAGGAUGCUAAUCAGAAGGAGAAGGUUAAAUCAGACGGCUCUGAAUCCAUGGAGGAGGUUAUUGACGAUGAGGAAAAAGAUGAAGCCGAUGAGGAAGAAGAAGAUGAAGCUGACGAAGAAGAGUCGAGUGAUGCAAAACCGGCAAGAAAAAGACGGUCUCAGAAGCUUAAUAAUGAACCAAAGAAAAGAGGGGGUGGUUUUUGCAAAUUAUGUAGCCUUUCUCCACAACUUCAGGAAUUUGUUGGGGUGCCUGAAAUGGCUAGAACUGAGGUUGUCAAACAAUUAUGGAUUCAUAUCAAAGAGAAAAGUUUGCAAGACCCAAGCAAUAGGCGAAAUAUACUUUGUGAUGAACCACUGCGAGCCCUUUUUGGUGUUGACUCUAUUAACAUGUUUCAGAUGAAUAAGGCCCUUUCAAAGCAUAUCUGGCCGUUGGAUUCAGUUAUUCCAGUCAAGUCAACAGAUAAGGAAGAGGAACAGAAAUAUGAAAGAGAAGAAGAUCCAGAUGAGCCAAAGAAAAAGGGAAAGCGACAGAAAGGUGAAAAAUCUGGCUUUCUUGCUCCCCUUCAACUUUCAGAUGCCCUAAUAAAGUUCCUUGGUACCGGAGAAAGUGAACUAUCACGCACUGACGUUGUCAAGAGAAUGUGGGAUUACAUAAAGGAAAACAACCUCCAGGAUCCAUCUGACAAGAGGAGAAUAAUAUGUGAUGAGAAGCUGAAAGACCUCUUUGAUGUAGAAUCUUUCACUGGCUUCACAGUUACAAAACUGCUGGCUGCUCAUUUUUCGAAGACCUAACAUGAGAUGCUCUUUCUGUCUUUCUUGUUAAGCCCAAGAGUAAUGGGGUUUGUCUGCAACCAAAGACCUAACCUGAGACACACGUUCUUUCGUUCUGGUUAAGCCGGAGAGCAAUGGGGGGUUUUGUCUGCAACCUUCGUCUAGAUUUCCUACGUCUUCCUCUUCUGUUCUCUAGAUUUUCAACUGGGGUUUCACAGCAAGAAUCCAAUUCGCUACUUAUUAGGUAUGUUGUAGAUGUUUGAAUAGAACUACAAGUUGAAAACAUUUGGAGUGGGACUCAAUGGGGUGCCAAAUCAAAGGCAGGAUUUAUAUUCUUUGAAUUAGUACUUUCGGUUCUGAUUUA